GUGCACUCCCCAUAAAUGCAACCAUUACGUCAUAUUGAGAUAACGCUACGCUCUGAGAGCGGUUCGCAUCGUGAGCAGUCCACGUCGUGACUUCGUUCGUAUCGUACGCGAGUGACUUUGUUUCUCCACCUACGACACUACAACACCAUGUCCGACGCGCCCGUCAUUUGUAGCAGCUGCAACGCACCGAUUGAAGGACGAAUCGUGACAGCGCUGAACAAGAAAUGGCACCCGGAGCACUUCACGUGCAACACGUGCAAGAAGCCCAUCGACGGCGCCAAGUUCCACCAGCACGACGGCGGCGUGCACUGCGUGCCUUGCUUCUCCCAGCACCACAGCCCCAGGUGCCACGGCUGCGGUGACCCCAUUACUGACCGCGUGAUCCAAGCUCUAGGCGUAUCAUGGCAUGCUCAACACUUCGUCUGCGGCGGUUGCAAGAAGGAGCUGGGCGGUGGUGGCUUCAUGGAACAGAGCGGUCGCCCAUACUGCUCGGCGUGCUACGCCGACCAGUUCGCGGCUCGCUGCGCCGGCUGUGCCAAGCCCAUCGUGGACAAGGCCAUUAUCGCGUUGGACGCCAAGUGGCACCGCGACUGCUUCACUUGCAAUAAAUGCCGGAACCCGGUAACAGACGCCACCUUCUCUGUACUGGACAACAAGCCCAUCUGCGGCAAAUGCGCUUAAACCACCUACCUACACGUCAAGUCACAAUCUUAUUUAUUUAUCCAUCGAGUAUUUACCUAAGAUUAUUAUGUGUUAGUUUACAUUAGUUCAUUUAGCAAUGCAAAUUAGACUUACAUUGAUUGUCGCAAAACGACACAUUGCGUGGACGACAUUGCGUGGACGAAAUGGCGGUCGGAGAUUGAUGGCUAAUGUGGAAGUUUGUGGAAUUUCUGGUAAUAAUAGUAGUCAAUCUUCGAGUGUUCGCAGUCACACAUACUAAUCGAGCAGAAUUAAACAAAAUAUUUCUAUGAUAAUUAGAUAAUAACCAGUGUUAUGGAAUUUCGCAAAAUUACGCCAAGUUCAGUAAAAUAUUAAGCAGAUUGCUCGCAUGGAAUGACGGUAUAAGUAAUCUAUGUGUUCAUCUGGGACUUAGUCUAUUCAUGUACCAAUUUUCAUUCAUAACUGUACAGCCAAUCCAGCAUGAAUGAGCAAUAAACUAAAAUAGAAUAGUAAGAUCAAGAAAUUCAAAUAUCUGUAAGCAUCUUUUAUGUAGCCUAAACAUUUCAUAAGCAUGGCCGAAGGGGGGGGGGCAUUGAAGAGCAAUGUCCUACCCUUAAAGGACCAAUGUCCUACCUUAAAAUGAAAGACCCAAGAAAAUUAAACAGAUUUGCUUUUUCGAAGUCACUUUAUUGAGGCACCUGCCCUACCUAAAACUUCAUUUGCCCUAUCUUAAAUUUGGGUUUACUACGGUCCUGUUAGACGCUAUAGAAUUGUGUAAGGGAUUUGUUGCAAUACCAUUAAUAAAACUUAAUAAUAAGCGAGCAAAUAUUGAUUCACACCAUAGACUUUGAGAUUCUAUUAUUACUUCCAUAAAUUUUAUCAUAUCGGCAGAUUGAUAAGAAAACACUGGUUUGGUACCAGGAUUCGUGUUCAACAAUAAACUAGAUAAGAUAUCUAUUGAUUAUUUUCAUUCUACUACGAAUUGUAAGUUGAAAUGUUGUAAAAAAUAAUACACUUCUAUUCGAGCAGUCGUGUUAUAAAAGAAAAACUUUUUGAGUGUUUUAUGAUGAUAAAAACAAAUUUUUCCUCUUAAUAGUUCUCCAUUUAAUGAUCCUAGUAGUUCCCCGUUUAAUGCUCUUAGUAGCUCCACUUAUACUACUCCUGUUAGUUUCCCAAUAAUUACUCCUAGUAGUUUUACUUUUAAUGAUCCUAGUAGUCCCCCAUUUAAUACUCCUAGUAGCUCCACUUGUAUUGCUCCUAGUAGUUUUUUUCUAAUGAUCCUAGUAGUUCCCCAUAUAAUGAUCCUAAUAGUUCAAUAUUUAAUGCUCCUAGUAGUAUUACUUUUAAUGAUCCUAGUAGCCCCCAUUUAAUGCUCCUAGUAAUUCUACUUAUACUGUUCCUGUUAGUUUCCCAAAUUAUGCUCCUAGUAGUUUUAUUUUUAAUGAUCCCAGUAGUUCCCCAUUAAUGCUCGCCUAGUAGUGCCUCAUUUAUUGCUCAUUAAAACACUCAAUAGUUGCAAGUAAUAUGCACUAAAUUGCGUUGCUAAAUAAACAAAAGCACUUAAUUAUAAAAAAAAAUUGAUGCAUUUCGAUUUAAAACUCGAUAGCAAAGCUAUGACAGUAUAUUUAAGGAAAUAACGUUUUAAAUUAUAAAUAUUGUGUUAAUAAAGACAUAAAUAUUGAUAUACUAGAAUUUAAUGUAAUCAAAGUAAGAAUAGGAAUUUGCAAUGACCUCCAUCUGUCAAAGAACUGUCACUUAAUAGUACGGGGUUUGAAAGUAAGCUAUUUUGUAUACACAUUUUUCUACUAGAAUUAAUUAUUUUGACAAUUGUGACGUCAUAAUAUGGCGGAGUGUCAAACCUGUUGUUAUUUUGAUAGCAUUGAGUGGUUAAAUUACUGUGAUGCUUAGUGGGCUUUCAGUGAUUUUAUUUAUUCGUUAUAUAUUCAGUAGUACCCACGUGAAAAAAAAAUAUUUUUUACGCUUUACUCUAAUCGCUGUAAUAAAUUAUUAUUGUUUUUA